AUGGCUGCUCGUCUCGAUUUCAAUACCUACGACUCUUCUUCGUCAUCUUCGGCUCCUUCCUCGUCGGCUUCCUUCGCCCGCUUCGGUGCAUCUGCAGCAAGUCCGUAUUCCACAAUGGCUUCCUACGGCGCGUCUCCAUACGCCUCUACGAGCACCAGCUCGCAGAACGAGUCACCGCUCGACAAGGUGCGCGAAUACACGUCCAAGGUCGAGGACCUCAUCGACCAGUACACGCAGCCCAUCAAACCGCAUCUGCCCGCUCUCGGUCGAUUCCUCAUCGUCGUCACCUUCCUCGAAGAUGCACUGCGCAUCAUGACUCAAUGGUCCGACCAAAAGUACUACCUGCAACGUCACCGUGGCAUCCCUUGGGGCAUCAGCCACAUUUUCCUUCUCUCCAACGUGAUCGUCAUGUGCGCUGCCUCUGCGGCCGUGAUCAUGCGCAAGUACCCCGAGAUCUCGGUCGGCGCCUUGUUUGGUGUCGUGGUGGUGCAAGGAUUCGGAUACGGUCUCAUCUUUGAUCUCAACUUUUUCCUCCGCAACCUCUCGGUGGUCGGUGGCCUGCUCAUGGUGCUCUCGGACAGCUUCGCGGCCAAGAAGAACAUUUUCGCCGGACUUCCAAGCCUCAGCGAGACGGACCGCAAGAUCUACUUCCAGCUGGCGGGACGUGUGCUGCUCAUCUUCCUCUUUAUCGGAUUCAUCAUUCAGGGCGAAUGGUCGCUGGCACGUGUGCUCGUCUCGGUGCUCGGCUUGGGUGCCUGCAUCAUGGUGGUCGUCGGCUUCAAGGCACGAUGGAGCGCCAGCUUCCUCGUGCUGAUCCUCAGCGUGUUCAACCUGUUUGUCAACAACUUUUGGACGGUGCACUCGGCCCACCCUUCGCGCGACUUUUUGCGCUACGACUUUUUCCAGACGCUCUCGAUCGUGGGUGGUCUGCUGCUGCUCGUCAACAUGGGACCUGGUGGUCUCUCGGUCGACGAGCGAAAGAAGGUCACCUAA